AUGGAGCCUCCACUUUCAAACCAUUUCAGUUCACUUGCUGAUCAAGCUAACAACCAACCAGAAACAUUCACUCUCAAACCAAUCGACGUCAUAUCAAUAGGCCAUGAAAGAAAAUACAGAAAGAAGAGAAAGUUGGUAGUGGACGAGCAGAAAGCAAUAGCAAGUGAGACAAUGAAGAUGCAACUGUCAGACACUUCAGACAUCAUUACAACUCUUGAUCUUGCUCCCCCUACUAAAAAACUCAUGCACUGGAAAGAGACCGGGGGUGUUGAAAAGCUGACCAUUUUUCCUGGCAGGACAAUUCUCUCAAAAAAACUUUUCAAGGUUCAUUGA